AUGUCACGACAAUUUGACAGUCUGGUAAGAACCCUAGUUCACUCGAGAUCAGCAUCGACAUCAUCGCCUUCACUGAAUCCGUGGUUCCUUCAUUUGACGACAUCAAAUGCCUUUGUCGAAGGAUGCGGUGGCGGCAGACGAUGUCAUCUAGGGAACUGGCUGUGGAAGACGUCGCUGUUUGGAGAGUCUGUGACACACGGCGGAUAUCAUGAAAAGAAUCGAACAGCCGGAACAGACGUCGGCUUGCGUACUGCUGGUGUGUACGAUGGAGAAUUGUCUGGUGGCGGUGAUGAUGGAGGUGGUGGUGGAGGAGGAGGAAGAGGAGAAGGAGGUGGUAGUGGUGGAGGUGGUGGUGGUGGGAUUUUGAAGCGACUCGUAGUCUUCAAAUAA